UCAUAUUCGUUACUUUGAGAUUCAUAAAAGAGUUGAAAAAAAAUUAAAAGAUAUUAAACGGGAUGGGAUAUCUUUUGCAAUGACGUUUCAUUUUUUAUUAUUAAGUAAAUUUUGUUACAUUAAGAUACGAAACGAAAUCGUUGAUAAUUCGAUCGAUUAAAUUUUGUUACUUUGCACGAAAAAGAAAUAAGUGUAUAUGUAUGGUUAAUUGUUUUAAAAUGAAUUUAUUCCAUUCAUAUUACGUGACGUAUUUAAAAACAUGAAUUAUUUGUCGAUGACCGAGUUCGCAAAGGGUUUGAACGACGAAUGAAUGACGAGUGAAAAGAUUAGAAAUAAAGUGUACGAAGUAAUAAAAAUAAUAUAAAAUAAUAAUCAAUUCGACACACGAAAUAAUCGAGGAAAAUGAAUUGGAGGAGAACAUCGUUAAGAAACAGCGACGGUCGAUGAUCAAACAUUUUGGGAACGAGAUUUAAAAUGUUAAUUUUUAGAGCAGAGAGAUACGAUUCGUUCGAGUUCUCCGCGGAUAAAUGUAUAAUAUUUCAUUUGUAGAUAUAGAUAAAGAUAUAAUUACGUGAAAAAUUACGAUACCAGCGAGGAAUUCCUUAAAAUAGGCACAAAAGAUUGUUUAGUAAACACUCUGAUUUCGUUCAUGUCCAACCUCUUCGAAAUUUGGUAAUAGUCUUUUCGAAUCUUGUUUUUUUACAUAAUUUUACAUUACAAAGAAAAGGAAUUACAUCAUAAAGAAAAGGAAAAAGAAUUCAUAAAAAAAAAAGAAUCUUUUUGCCAGAAACGAAAUUAAUUAUCUCGCCAUGAUACGAACGACAAAUUUUUCCUCACACGUGUGAACUAUGCCUCGAAAAACAAAGGACAUCGUUCUCGAUUUAUUUAUUUAUUUAUCGUUAAGUUGGCCGUUAAUAUUUCUUUGUCGCGAGUCAAUAUCGUUGAAAUGGACUUUCGAUGACGGUCGAGUGAUCCAUGCACUCGUAUCUCGAUCACGUAAAAUCGAGAGUCGAUCCUCAUAUGUUUCGGUAACCGAGGAUCGGCCGAUCCACCAUUGUUAAUUAAAUGCACGUUCAGUAAUCGUUCAAAAUGUCGCGUCACUGAAGAGUCGGGAAUGACAUAUUCCAUUUGAAUUAUAAUCACAGUUUCAAAAUUUUAAGUGUUUAUGACGAACCUGUCCAAAUUGCAUAGUAAAACGUUAAAGUUCAAAUCACAAUGAAAGGAAUUAGGGCAUUAGUUUUGCAGGAUCUCCCUCAUGUUUUUCCUUCUAAAAGUUUUCAGCGAUCAUCGACGCAACUUCACACAACAGCGUCAUCCCGACGAUUCUGGAGUUUUUUCGAGUUCUCUUCGAAGGAAGAAAACUGUCAGGAUGCGAAGAAAUGUCCCUCGUCCAAGGACAUCGUUUCAACCUCGUUAAUCUCAACGAACGAAGUCGAUGAAGUAUCGAAAUCAGGGUCGCCUAAUUUGAUCCGCAAUAUUUCAACGGUGCCGCCUCCCAAGCGGUACAAUUCCCAGUUCGAUUUGAAAUCGAAGACGCCGAUAAGCUGUCUGAAGCUGCAGAACGUUUUGAAACAGGACAGUUUGGUUUCCCUGCUGGACGGGAAUCCUGUUCCGAAAACGCUGAAAUGGAAACUGAAGGGUUAUAAAACCCUUCGAAACGAGCAGGCCGGUGACUUCGCAUUCGUGCCAGGUGGAAAGUCAUACGAUUUCGAUAUUCUCACGAAGGACGAGCAGCAAGAGCUGAUGAACUCGAGCAAUUACACGGAUAGAUCUCGAUCGAAGGCGAGGAAUAGCGACGCGAAAAACGACACGAUAUGCUUGACCACGAAAUCUAUAGAGAACGUGGAGGAAAUAUUUUGCAGGAACAAGUUGAUGGGCGAAGAUAAUUCCAUCAUCGAGGGGUCGAGGACCGACAAGAAGGGGACGGAUACAGGUAGCGCGGUGACCGCCUCUAAUCAGAAAAUUUCCACCACCACGAAAUUGCUGGUCGGCAACCCUAGCACCCCUAAGAAGGAGGAUAUCAAAUACCUGCCGAUCUUGAAAACCGAUUUUUCCACCAGCCAGAUGAAGUAUCAGACGCAACCGUCUGUCCAGUUUUCCUCCAAACCGCCUAAGAACAUCCCGAAACCUUUGCCGCCGAUAAUGAAGAAACAGGACAACAACAGCGAGAAGAAAUGGGUGGGUGAAGCGGAGAAGAAGAAGGUCUCGCAGGUUCCCGACCCAUCGAUAACACCGAUCGCCUCGACUCAAACGGAAACGCUCCCUACGGAAAAGUUGAGUCCGAUCCCCGAGAACAAAACGAUGGAUGGAACGAUAAACGAUAGUAGCACGUUUCAAUUCGCAAAGGUGCCCGAACCCACGCUGCAACAGCAACUGCAACAACAACAACUACUACUACAGCAACAGCAACAACUGGAACUAGAACAGCAGAGACAACUGCAACUAGAGCAACAGAAACAACUGGAACUGGAGCUACAGAAACAACAACAACUAGAUCUGGAACAACGGAAGCAGCAACAGCUGCAGCUGGAGCAGCAGCAGCAGCAGCAGCAACAGCAGCAGCAGCAACAACAACAAACGAAAGAAACGGCGAAAUCGACGGAAAAAGAGGCGGAGCCGGAAGUGAUGGUGGAAUCGCAAGUGAAGGAGGAAACGAAUGCUCAGGAGGAGAACGAUAUAAUCAGUUCGAAAUACGCGUUGGAAAUGCUGAAAGCCGAUGAAAUGGAGGAAAAUUUACAGGAGAGCAAAUCGCAGGCGUAUUUGGAAAGCGAUAGAAACGCGUCGAGAACUGAGAAAACGGGGGAGAUGGAAACGGAAGCGAGCGAAGGGGAUGCGAACGAGUCGUGCAGAAACGAACAGAUGGAAAUGAGAGAGGUGGAGAGUGAUAUGAACGAUUCUGAACUUGCAUCAACAAAUCCUCAAGUUGAACCGACAAAAGGAACGGAAAACAUCGAAUCACCAAGCGAAGAAUUGAAAUUAAAAUUUUUCAAAUCUACUCCCGAAACGGUCGAGAAUAAACAAACCGAUCCAGCCACCACGUAUUUCGCGCCACGGAAGUCGAACAGGAAUAGCAGGACCGCUUUCCAUUCCAUGACGGAGAAACCAAUCAUGAACAUAACUAGUCCCUACGAGAACGAACCUCGGAUUCCAACCUCGCCUUGCGCCGCGACACAGGCCAAGCUGUUGCGGGCCAGCUCGAACAAAAAUUCUCAGGGGUCGGAUAUGGGCGGUGGUAAAGGCUCCUCCAUGGCUGGAAACUCUGGGGGGGGAUCGCGGAAACCACCGGCCUCCUAUCCUCCGUUCACGACUAGGAGAUCGGCCUCCAACAGCUCCAACUGUUUGACCAAAAAAUUGCCGCUCGCCAGGGAAUCGGAGAGCGGGCUGCGCGCAAUGAUGAACACGAGGAGUCCCUCGUCCAAUAUCUCCACUUCCACUAUGAAUUUGCGGAACAAGAAUAAGGAGAAUCAGAAUUUGAAGAACCGGAAGGACAAGAAGUGUAACAAAAAGGAGUGCAAGCGUUACUGCUGUCCGGCGCUACAAACGCCGACAGAUUGCGAUUACAGCAAGUUCCAAUGUCCGAACACGAAACACAUCGUUAAUGCUAGCAAAAUGGUCCAUUACGAUCCAACCUGUUUGCCGCAAGAAGACGAGAACGAGAUACAAGAGAUUUGCACCGAUCCGAGGGCGCACAGGAAGUGCAACAGAGACAGGAAUCCGAGUCGAACAACGUCGAGCAGACGUGACAACUCGUAUCCUGGAAGUAGUAGUACUACCCGGAGUAGUAGUAGUACUACCCGUGACAAUUCGUAUCCUGGAAGUAGUAGUACUACCCGGAGUAGUAGUAGUACCAGGAGUAGUAGUAGUACCAGGAGUAGUCGUGACGAAAGGAGUUCGACGGAAAGCAGAGGUACCGAGUUCUGCACGAAACCGAGGAACAAAGACGUGAACAAACGGUCGACGAGGGACGACAGCGGGAGCAGAUCAGCGAAAUUCGGGAAAAGGAAUUUCACCAAUUCCGCGUACGUCAGACGGCCGAAAGCAAUGAAAAGCGUGAAACGAUUUUCCUCGUUGCCAGCCUUCGCUAUUCCUCUGCUUGGCGCGAAGGAGAGCAGGGAGGUGAAUCAGAAGAUAUUGAUCUCACCCUCGAAAUGCAAUUUCUCGAAAUGCAAGAGGAGCGACGAUAGGACAGGGUGUAAACAGAACAGGUGCAAAAGGCAGACGAAGUGUAAAGUGCGGAGCGAUAAGAAAGGAGAGGACAAUUGCAAAAAGCUGAAGGGUUCCUGCGACAAUAAUGCUUGCAAGAGGCAGACUAAGAGGGAUACUAAGAAGGACACCGAUGCGUGCCAGAGGGUGAAACCUGUCCUCUGCGACGAUAACGAAGAAAAUGCUUGUAAAAGACCUACGAAAGUGGUGGACGAUCCUUGCAAGACGGUGAGGUCACGAGGAACGCACAGCAAGAAGAGGGAUGAUUCUUCUAAAAAGACUUCAGGGAAAUUGAGUUGCAGUAGUGUAACCACGAUCAAGGAGGGUCAGUAUGGCACUAAGGAUUCGGGGAGCACUUUGAACAUAUGCGGUAAGAAGAGGGAACAAAUGUGCAAAGAUAGGAAAAAAACAAUAAUCCCAGAAAGCGAAAAAGCAAAAGAAUCCGCGAAAGAAAGGAUGGAUAGAGAACGAAGAGAGAUCGAGGAGUGCAAGAAAGAUAUAAUGCCUAAAAAGAAAAAGGAUGAGAAAAAAGUGGUAUCCGGUUUAGAGCGUGUUAUCAGUCCGUGUAAAGAGCAAUUAAAGAAGAAAGACGUGAAAUUUUCAAACUUAAAAUUUCCCUUGAAUCUUAUAAAGAGUCUGCAAGAUUCCAAAUUACUGAACGAUCGAUUGAGGAAAUUUUCCAACGAGGAAACCUAUGAAAACAAUGAUGUCGGUGUGAAUGAUUUGGUACCGGAAAAGAAAUUCUGGAUUUUUCAUGAAGACUUGAACUACCCGGAUGUACCUAGUUUAAAAGAAAAUGUUGAGGAUAUACCAGAAGCAGAUGACGAUGAUAAUGCUAGCAAUACGUGGUUCUUUUCGUGGUUCAACGGCUGUCAAUAAUUAAAAUAAUAUACUGUCAAUAACAAAGAAAGUGAAUGGUAUAUAAUUUAUUUUUAAAGUUCUACGCUUUUUCGUGUAGUCCCGGGAGUAGUUUAUUUAAAAAAAAAAAAAAUGAUAAAAUAUAUGUAAAUUAAGAAUUGAUUAUAUAGAGUAUAUAUAGAUCAACUGUUUUUAUAUCGAAUAUAACGAAAUGAAGAACAUAAUGAAUUAUA